AUCCAAUCACAAUCCGGCUCUUCGUUCACCUGAUCACAACGAAGCCAUUUUGUCCCGAACGGCUCCGCCAGCGCAUUCUUCACCAAACCGGAAUUACACAGACCUGACAGGACGAAGCACAGCUACAGUGAGAGCGACGGACAGGGGUUUUUCAGCCAUACCACCCUUAAAUCUACCCCGAAGAACUUGGCGGCUCCACGAGCGGGACCGUUUCGCGUUUGCGGACCAAACGGAGACUCGAAGGGUAGACAAACAGACAUCCGGUUAGACGCGCUGGCUCACCGGGCUGGAGUCCAACUUGAGCUGAACACUUUCAGUCGUUCUCUUCGGGAUGCGCGCUGGACUUCUUUUUUAAGAAAAUUUAACCACUAUUUUUGAAGACUGGAUAGACUUAAAGUCUGUCAUUUUUAGCCGCAAACCUGCUUUUUGUAUUGAUAAACAUCUGGAUCAGAAAUCGAAGUUAAGAAAUAAUUGAUCUACUCAGCUGGCUGGGCAAAUAACUGUUAGUUUUGUUUGUUUUCUGGUCACGUCAGUGAACAAAAAGAUUUGCUUCACGAUUUGACGAACAUUUUCGUUGUGUUACUAGUAUAGUUAGAUACAUUGAAAUUUGCGAUUUUAAAGCUCUUAGCCAAGUCUCACAGGGUUUGGUUUGUACGUCUAUGCAUAUUUCUUGCCAGCAAACCUGUCUGAGUGCUUGACUGGUUAGAUCAUAGUACUAGAGUAAUAAUAGAUUACCACAUAACAGAACAGAGCUGGUGUGAUAGUCCUUCAUCGAGAUUGUUUUCUUAUCAUAGGUCUGUAUUAUUGAGGCUCAAGCUGGCUGACAGGUGAUAUUUUCUGCCUGAAACCUCUGAGCUGAGCAGACUGAUAGCGAUGACAUUUUCCAACAGUUGUUUUGUAUCUUCAGACUUUAGUAGUGUCAGUACCUGCUCUUGUUGCAAAUGCUUUCUCAGUAAUAUUAGCUAACAAAAACUCUGUUUAUCCCCAAACCAGUCACGGUAUAUCCAGGUGUGACACAUUUUUAACUAGAUAUUUUUGUUAGGUAACUUAAUUUUUUUGCUACACUUGAAUUAGAGCCCGUUGAGUGGUUCAAAAAGCAACGUGACAGUUUGUCUCAAGCCUGUUCAUUAAACUAAUUGAGUCUAGAGUAUUUUUUUUCAUACACUAUAUUGUAGUGUAAAUACACACCUUUGGCAGUGAGACCAGGUCAAGUUUAGUGGUCAUUAUACCUAUCACUGAAUAAAAAUGUCAGGACAGUCUAUAACGGAUCGUAUUGCGGCAGCCCAACACAGCAUGACGGGGUCGGCCAUCAGCAAAGCCGUCUGCAAGGCCACAACGCAUGAAGUCAGUGGGCCCAAAAAGAAACACAUUGAUUACUUGAUUCACUGCACCAAUGAGAUGAAUGUGAACGUGCCCCAGCUGGCCGACACUUUAUUUGAAAGAACUGCCAACAGCAGUUGGGUCGUAGUCUUCAAAUCUCUCAUCACAACACACCACCUAAUGAUGUAUGGAAAUGAGCGUUUCAUUCAGUAUCUGGCCUCAAGAAACACACUCUUCAAUCUCAGCAAUUUCCUCGAUAAAGGUGCAUUGCAAGGCUAUGACAUGUCCAAGUUCAUCAGGCGGUACAGCAGAUAUCUGAACGAGAAAGCCCUCUCCUACAGACUGGUAGCUGUUGACUUCACCAAAAUGAAGAGAGGUGUUGACGGAGUCAUGCGCACCAUGAACACGGAGAAGCUGAUCAAAACUCUGCCCAUAAUUCAGAACCAGCUUGACGCCUUGCUGGACUUCCAGGCCAGCCCUAAUGAGCUGACUAACGGUGUGAUUAAUGCUGCCUUCAUGCUGCUCUUCAAAGACUCCAUCCGUCUGUUUGCUGCCUAUAAUGAGGGCGUUAUCAACCUGCUGGAGAAAUAUUUUGAUAUGAAGAAAAACCAGUGCAAAGAUGCCUUGGAUAUCUACAAGAAGUUUCUGUACAGGAUGACCAAGCUGUCAGAGUUCCUCAAAGUGGCUGAGCAAGUUGGGAUUGAUCAUGGUGACAUCCCAGAUCUCACUCAGGCUCCCAGCAGUCUCCUGGAGGCUCUUGAGCAGCAUCUGGCCUCUCUCGAAGGCAAGAAAACCAAGGAGCUCUCUGCAGACAACAGAGCAAACACUCUGUCCAGUGCUGUGUCGUCCCUGUCCAACACGGGAAUGUCUUUCAGCAGGAUGGAUGAGAAGGAGAAGCAGCUGGCCCUGGAGGAAGAACAAGCCCGUCUGCAGGCUCUCAAGGACCAGCGUCUGAAGGAGAUGGGCAUUCAGACCCCCUCUGCCUCCCCCAGCACACAGUCUAUGGGCAGUACCAACAACCACACCACAGGCAUGGAUCUAUUUUCCAACACCACAAGCCCACCCUCUAACAGCAUGCCAAACCUCACCAGUGACCUGUUUGACCUCCAGCCUGCCUUCAUCCCUGCUGUGCAGAGCACACCUAUCACCACCAAUAGCAGUGCCUGGGGAGGUCUAGAAAGCAGCUCUCUUCACCCCAUGGCUUCCAUGUCCACCAUGAAUGUAGAUUUUGAUGCUGUAUUUGGGACUAAAGCUUCUGAUAGUGACGUGAAGCCUUCUGCUGGUUAUGAUGCAUUAGGAGACUUGUUGAAGCCCACAGUGACGGUUCACAGUCACGCUCCUGUAAUGCCCCCUCAUACUGGCGGUAAACUGCUGGCUAGUGAUCUGGACUCCUCCUUGGCCAGCCUCGUAGGCAACCUGCAGUUUGGGGGAACACCUGGCAGAAAAUCUGAUAUGCAUUGGACUCAGCCCGGAGAGAGGAAGUUGACCGGAGGCACUAAUUGGCAGUCGAAGACGAUGAGCAACACCACUGCCUGGAGCCCUGCCCCCCUGCCACCUGCUGCCAUGCCACCAGCCGCCAUGCCCGUGCCACACAUGACUGGAAUGUUCUAUACUGGUUAUCCUUUUUGGUCCAGUGAGUUCUUGAAUCAGCUACGAAAUAUAGAAGGGAUUGACAGCUAUUCAGAUCAUUUGAUGAUUUCUUACUUAUCGGCUCCUGCAACCAUGGCAUUUCCCAUGACAACACCUCAAGUGCCUGUGUUUGGAAUGGUCCCUACUCAGCUUGGACAUAUGGGAGGGGUUCCAAUGAUGACCCAGCAGCCCAUGCUAUACAACCAGCCAGUUCUAAGACCCAAUAACCCUUUCACCACUAUUCCCGGAGCCCAGAUGCAGUUCAUGUAGUAGUACUUCAGCAAAUGGCUGAAGAACAUCAAGCAAGUGAGAAGAGGAUCCAACUACCACCAAAUAAAAGGAGGGAGAGACAGACAAAAAGAAAGAGAGAGCAAAUGGAGAGGAAUGUGUGUGUCAACAGUGCUUUACCUCAAUGUCUGAAAUGGCUCACCCAACACACACACACACACACAGUUUUCACUAUAUUAGUGAGGACAUCUCAUAGAUUUCCUUUACUUUCAUUGCAAGCUUUGGAUAUUUUUUUUAACCCCACCUAUACAACUAAACCUCACACAAACCUAUUGACAAGAAAAUAUGAUUUGGCUGAGUUAUGAGCAUUUUUUUCCCACUUUAGUUAAUUUCUUUCCCGAGCACUGUGUUCACUGACAAGUGUGAUACAUUGAGAAAAUCAUGGAUUUUAUUGCUGGUAUUAAAUAACCAUGCACAGCAAACCCUCUUUAGCUUAACAAUUAGUAUGAAUUGGAUCUGAAUCCCAGCACAGGAGUCAUCUUGCUACUGUCAUUGCUUUGCUGUCUGUUGCUUAGAUUUCUGCAUAUCCUGUCCUGGUAUGAUGAAAAAUGACUUGCCACAGCAGUGGAAGUUUCUAGAUCACAGAUGUCACAUGUGUUUAAAUGCCUCAUUAUCGCAAUCCCCUAGCUUCUCAUUUCAGAACAAUGAAAGAAUUUGACCCCAUAUAUAAGGUGCUUUGCCACCCCCAAGCACUUUACCCACAAUUACAACACGGAGCUGGUCUCAUGUAGCCAUCAACAAUUAACCUCUCCUGCUAUUACUGAUGUGCAAAAUGGUCCUUCAACUAGGGGUUGCCAUUUCAGACAUAUGGUGGUAUUGCGCAAAAACACGUACACACACUUUUGGAUGCGUUACAUGAGACACAUGAAGAGCCCCUCACCUCCCAGCUUGUUGUGUCAUUUACAGGACACUGACAAACAUGUUCCUGCUCAGCUGUGUGUUAACAAAACUUUUUGUGUAUUUACAACCACGCCUCGCAUUCUGAGACCCCGCCCACAUCUACCACCCACCUGAAGUGAGAGAGAGAGAGUGAGAGUAAAUUGAUUAAAGCCUUGGAGAUGUGUACAGGGCAUCUGGCCCUACUGAAUAAACCUAUUCUGUGUCUAAUUAGGGUCGCCUUGUUUUAUAUUCAUGUUUUUAAUUUUAAAGAUGUUACUUUUUAAUUCUGAGAAUUACAUUCAUCACGCUCUGUUUCACAUUGCCAAAUUAUGACAUUGUUGAUUUGAGAAAUGCUAUAAGCUACAGUUGAUGGUGUUCCCAUUCCCCGCAUUCUGCACACAUCGAUGUGCAGAAUGAAGUUUUAUUCCCUGCAGUCAUGCCCAUAUCAGUGUUCGCCAUCAUUUGAACCAAAAUUCAAUAGCUUAAGUCUACUUAAUGUCUGGAUUUUUGCAGAUUCUUUGUUAACAGGGUAUUAAGAUGUUGUGGAUAGAUUCUGCUCAGCUGUGUCAACCUGAUCUUUCUUCCGUACAAACAAAGCCACGUGUGUUUUGUUUGCAUGCUUCUUUAUUUCUUUCAAGUUCCUCUGAGGUUGAAUCAUUAUUGUGUGACUUAACAAGCUUGUAAGUUUCUCUUUAGGCCGCCAUCAGGGGUGUAAGAGAUUUGAAUUAAAUUCGUUUUUUUUUCUAAUACAGGCUCGGUGGUGAUAAUCUCACUGGGUUUAUAAGGUAACAAGGCUCUGAGGAGAGAAGUUUAAUUAGAAUCUAUUUUAUUAACCCGUCACCAGAGGCUUUGUGUGUGUGUGUGUGUGUGUACAAGAGCUGAGAGAAUGAAAGGAUGUUUGUGAGAUUUAGGGAGGGUGAAAGAGCUCAAGACACGGAUGCUAUCACGAGCCGGGGUUUCCAUGGUAAUCUUCAGUAUCGAUUUCUUGUGGUUUUAAAAAUCAUCUGUUUGAUGAGCACAGACAUUAUUUAAAGCUCUUCAUGGAUUAGCUGCCAUGCCUGUGGUGUCUCUUUAAAUGCUGGGAACCACUGACAGAGGCAGUUUUUCUCGGGUAACCUAUAGUCUUGUUGACUUGCAUCGGGUGAUAAACGUCACCUGUGACUUCUUGAUUUUGACUUCACAUCCUCUGCAUGGACCAUUGCUCUGCGUAGAGAUAAAGUCCCUCUCCCUCCCCCUGGUGGUUAUUGUUUGCUUAACCCACGACUUGCAGCAUGCGUCAUCCUUUACAUAGACUGCUGCAGGGUUGGGUUUCUUUAAUUGAAGUGUACCAGGCGGUUGUGUCUCAGAUUCCCUUGCUCUACACAGAGUCCGUCAGACCGAAGAGCCAAUUCAAAUUUCUAGACUACUUGGCCUGAUUUUACACAACUGGGCUGGACUCAUUAGCUGUCCUACAGUGCUCAGCUCAGCAGUGGCCUCUCAGAAUCCAUGUGUCAGCUUGUACCGCACGUCUUGGAUCUCCGGAGGGGAUAGUUGGUGUAAUAAGGUGGUAUCCAGGGUCUCUUUCAUCUUCGUGUAGUCAUGGGCAGCCUGGCUUCUCUGACUUUAAUAACAUGCAUGCUUUGUUUUUCCUUUAGGUAGGCCAUUGGUCCACUGUUUUGUUUCGUGCGUGUAUGUCCAAGCAAGACAUUUGUUUCUUUAUGUUGUUUAUUUUCCUGUGACAAAGAUAUUUGCGUUAUAUUUAGAUAUUUGUAUCCAAUAUGGCAUUGUAAUCCCUGUGUAUCCACCUGGGGCUUUAACGGCUCCAUUUAUCAUCAAAUGCCAAAACGGAGAACAACACAAACCUCCAUGUUUGUGCUGAUUUCCCAACCGUUCAUUUUUUAUAUUUAUUUAUGCAGACUAUUAAGAUUUUAUGCUGCGUGGUAAAACAACAUGCCUAAGUCAUGGGAUCGUUCUUCUUUUGUCUUUCAUUUAAUGUCUGGCUUUCAUUGAUAUAAAUAAAAUCCUUUUUUCAUUCUUAA